UUGAAGUGUGGGAAGAGCUUCAGCUGGAGGUCCUGCCUGCUUCACCACCAGAUGAUCCACACUGGGGAGAAGCUCUACGAGUGUCCUGAGUGUGGAAAGGGCUUCAGAGACAGCCCCCAGUUCAUCAUCCACCAUUGCAUCCACACCGGGGAGCGGCCCUGUGAGUGCUGGGAAUGUGGCUAGAACUUCCUCCAGAGCUCCCACCUGACCUCCCACCAGAAGAUCCACACUGGGGAGAGGCCCUACGAGUGUUCCGAGUGUGGGAAAUCGAAGGGCUUCAAGCACAACUCCCACCUCACCAGGCACCGGCGCAUCCACAACGGGGAGAGGCCCUACGAGUGCCCGGAGUGUGGGAAGAGCUUCAGGUGGAACUACAAGCUCAUCGAGCACCAGAGGACCCACACUGGGGAACGGCCCUACGAGUGUGGGGAGUGUGGGAUGAGCUUCAGCCGGAGCUCCCACCUGACCAGCCACCAGAGGACCCAUACUGGGGAGAGGCCCUACGAGUGUGGGGAGUGUGGACAGAGCUUCAGGCAGAGCUCCAGCCUGAUCAGCCACCAGAGAACCCACACUGGAGAACGGCCCCAUGAGUGUGGGGAGUGUGGGAAGAGCUUCAGGGGGAGCUCUGACCUGAUCAAGCACCAGAGGAUCCACACUGGGGAAUGACCCUACGAGUGUGGGGAAUGUGGGAAGAGCUUUAGGGACCAUGACACCCUGAUCAGGCACCAAAAGAUCCACACUAGGGAGAGGUCUUAUGAGUGUUCUGAGUGUGGGAACAGAUUUCGGUUAAACUCCCAUCUCCUCCUGCACAAUCUGAGUCACACAGAGGAGAGGCCCUUCUUCUGCCCUGAGUGUGGGAAGGGAUUUAAGUACAACUGCCAACUCAUCACCCACCAGUGCAUCCACACAGGGGAGAGACCCUACAAGUGUGGAGAAUGUGGGAAGAGCUUCUCACAGAGCUCUCAUUUGCCCCGACACCAAUACAGCCACCGGUAA